GAUUCAUUUGCUUCUGCUACUGGAGAGGAAGUGUUGCAAGACAACAUACCACCCGGUGUUAUCAAUCAAGCAUACACACCAUUUUGUGGACUACAGUCCUGAGGUCGUUGUUCCUCAAUACUUUCUGCUGUUUUGGACCUACCUUCGUGUUCUGCACGCCACCCUUUUCUCACGGGAGUUCCUGGUGGACUUAUUUGCUGAAUUGAGUCAAUCUGAUGCCAGCAUGACUUCCCAAAGAGUUUGGCUUCUCUGCUUGCUGCUAACUUUUGUGUGUUCCAUACACGUCAACGUCAUCACUGGCUUCACUGGAGCUGCUGCAGCAGAUGAUGAUGACAGCAAUGAAGGAGGUCACAAAGAUUUGAAAGAUGUAGGAGCAGGGAAGGACGAUGAUGAUGAUGAUAACGACGAUGAUGAUGACAAUGAUGAUGAUGACAAUGAUGAUGAUGAUGAUGAUGAGGAUAAAGAUGAUGACAAUGAUGGGGAUGAUGAUAAGGAUGAUGAUGAGGAGGAUGAUGAUGAGGACGAUGAUGAUGAUGACGAAGAUGAUGAUGACGAUGAUGAUGACAAUGAUGAUGAUGAUGACGAUGAUGAUGAUGACGACGAAGACGACAAGGACAAGGAUGACGAUGACAAUGAUGAUGAUGACGAUGAUGAUGAUGACGAUGAUGAUGAUGACGAUGAUGAUGACAAUGAUGACGAUCAAAUAGUUAGAAAGGAUGAUGAUGAUCAUGAUGAUGACAAUGACGAUGAUGAUGAUGAUAAUGACCACCAUCAUGAGCAUAAACAUGAUGAUGACAAUGAUGAUGAUGAUGAUGAUAAUGACCACCAUCAUAAGGAGCAUAGACAUGAUGAUGACAAUGAUGACGAUGAUGAUGACGAUGAUGAUCAUGAUGAUGGCAAGAAGGAAGAUGAGGAAGGCAAGGAAGGUGAAGAAGAUGAAGAGGAAUACAAGGAUGGCAGUAUCUGCAGUUACUGUGCUUUCUGUGAGCAUUGUGGAGAAUGUGACAAGUGCCCCUGCGAAGAAGGAGACAAGAGUGAGCAUUGCGAAGACUGCAAGUACUGCCAGUUCUGCUACGUCUGCCCUGUAAUAUGUGAAACUGUUUGCAAACCAGGGAGCUACAUAGAUGAAUUCUCAUCAACAAUAUAUCAAUCCAUCGCAAAUGUCUUCGAUCAACCGGAGCAUUAGAUGUGAUGACAUGUGGUCAGCGUGUCGAAGAGUUGGUCCCCAACACCCGGAGACGGAAGGCACCUCACUGACAACCGCGUGUUUGAAGCUUUGUGUCAUUGAUAGUCUGUUGUUCCUAUUUUAUAAACUCCUGUGUCCCCUGCCCUUAGGAAUUGAUGCAAUUCAGCCUCACUACUUCCCGGGAUUCCUUGCAAGGUCAAGGCUUGGUUCCCUGAACACCUCUUUGUCUCUGGCCUUCAUUUCCUCCUCCCUUUCCCAUUUCCCUACCCUCUUCACUGACUGCUCUCCCUUCCUGCACCUUUGUCCUACCUCCUCCCUCCUACUUCUCUCUGAUUGGUUGGAUUGAGAGGGUCAAAGUGUAGCUCAUUGGUCGGCUCCCCUCUGCAGGUCCAGGGCACUACCCUGCAACCAAUGGCCUGCUGAUCAGACCCUUCCUCCAGACCCCAUCCGUCCUGUCAAGGCCUUGGGGAGGGCAAGCCGGUGUGUGCCUCACUGUAGAACGUGGUCCUGGGCAAGGCCUGGCUCACUCAUCUCACUUCUCCUCACCACCGGAUCUGCAGCCCUUCCUGGGAUGUGAAUUCAGGACGGCUCGAAUUAUUGAUGACCUGUCUUGGAAAUGUACAGGAAUGGUGAAGAGAGAACUCAAUCCUUGGCUCCAGCCCUGUCUGAGAGCCAGACUCUGUCUCAUCUCCACCUGUUCCACAGCAACCUGGGCCUCUUGUGAGGCAACCUUCCCUCACAAGAGGACAAUAAUCCCCUUGCAAACCAAACCUCCUGUCAGUUUACACCUUUUGCUUUGAAUUAAUUAAUAAUCUGUUAAAAAGGAGGAUGAAAGGCCAAUUCUGAGGCGACCAGAAUGGCCUGGCCUUUAGGAAUUCCCCCUCCCCGCCACCUUGCAUUCUCCACAACAAUCCUAUCUUCCCCUCCUAACCUUCACCUUUACUUCCUUUUCAGUUCUCCUGCAUUACAGGGAAUGGGCCCCCUUACUAAGGCUCUAAGGAUGAAGCUAUCUGGCUAAGUUCACCUUCAGUGCUGAUUGUUUGUUCCUGUCCUCACUCUGGUACUUAUUUAAAAGGUGCUUAUGUCCCCGUUCUGUGAGGGUGCACGUCCUGGCCUCUGCUCCCCUUCCGAGUACAAGUGAUUAAAGUGGGGGCCUGCUCCCUUCUCGCU